AUGAAGCCUGCCUCUUGCUUCCUUCUCAUGUUCAUCCCCUUCGUGCGGCUAAUGACCCCAGGGGACGCUCAAUGUUCCUUACAUAGGAUUGUGGAUGAAAAGAUAAAGGCAGCACUCAACAAACUGGAAUAUAAGCCCUUUGCCCCAACACCAAAGCUCUCGUGUGUCAGUGUCACCACCCCAGGCAAACUGGCCUCCUGCCCUGAAGGGACUGCUGUCACUGGUUGUGCCUGUGGCUUUGCCUGUGGUUCCUGGGAUGUGCAAGGGGAAAGUACAUGCCACUGCCAGUGCAGUGUGGUAGACUGGACCACAGCCCGCUGCUGCCACGUGUCUUAA